AUGGAGAGCCUCAAGGGAGUGCUGCCACAGGGAUUUGCGGAGGGGGCGAUUGGCAUUCCUGGCAUUGGCGCUUUUGCUCAGAUUCUAAUGGGCAAGCUUGGAGUCGAUGUUGGGAAUCUAAUGUCUUUCUACCUGCUCCUAUUUGGUGUUUAUCAAGGAGCACUGUAUCUCUACAACCAAGUCUACUAUUAUCUACUGAAUUACGGAACUUCAGCUAUUCGAAUCGAUGAUGAUGACGAUCUGUACGCCCAGUUCAUCACCUGGAUAUCGGAACAGCGCAUGACGGAGCUAAGCCGAGAUCUCAAGGCCUCCUCCAGGAAGCCUCGGGCCCGUUCUGAUGACUCUGACGAAGAGUCGGAUGACGAGCCGGAUAACGAGGAUGUCCUUGAUGAGUCGGGCAUUUUCCAGUACGACAAAUGGGCUGGUAAUAACCCCAUCUACUACGAGCCUAAUCUUGGUAACGACAAGUUCAAGUACAACGGCUCCUACUUUCAGUUCACCAAGGACGUGCAGGAGGACAAGUUUGCGCAGCGCAAUAAGUACUGUCUCAUUAUCCGCUGCAUGGGCCGAAGCACACAGCCUAUCAAGGAGCUCAUUGAACAUGUUAAGACCUGGUCUAGCAAGAAGCCUAACACCAUGACGGAAAUUUAUCGUGCCGAGUCGCGACAUGGAGGGUACUGGCAGAUUCAGUCGACUCGUCCUUCGCGCCCUAUCAGCACAGUCACGCUGGAUGAAGUGCAAAAAGACAAGAUUGUUGCGGAUAUCAAUGAGUAUCUUCAUCCUGCUACUGCGCGGUGGUAUGCAGCAAGGGGUAUUCCGCAUCGUCGAGGGUACUUGUUCCACGGACCGCCAGGAACAGGAAAGACUUCUUUGAGCUUCGCAGCGGCUGGUAUCUUCGGACUGAGCAUCUACUGCGCGUCUCUGAGCGAACCCGAUCUCGGCGAGUCUCAGCUCGCGUCACUCUUCAGUCUACUUCCCAACCGAUGCAUUGUGCUCUUGGAAGACAUUGACUCUGCAGGUAUCCGACGCGAAGGAUCUGGAAAGACCAUCUCGAGUUUCGAUUCCGGAUCCGACUCGGAGGACGAGACUGAAAAGGUGUCUCAGCCACUAAAAGAGAAGGACAACGAGGAGGUAGUCAAGACCGAUGAGAAAAAAGAGGACACCACUGAGACCGAAAAGAAGGUUUCUCUCCGUAGACGAAUCACGCGCUCUCUCCGCACCCAGAAACCCAUCACCAAGACCGACAGCGAGACCACAACUCUAGUCUCUAAAGACGACGCCUCCGAAGCAAACACCACCGUCGACACCACCUCUGAAACCAAAUCCGCCCACAAAGUCCACGUGACCGAGGACCAACCCACCAAGAGCAAAAUCUCCCUCGCCGGCCUCCUCAACAUCAUCGACGGCGCAGCCUCAAAUGAAGGCCGCGUCCUAAUCAUGACCACAAACUGCCCCGAGAAACUCGAUCCCGCACUCAUCCGCCCAGGACGCGUAGACGUUCAAAUCAAAUUCACCCUCGCCACGCACGCCCAGAUGCAGGAUAUCUUCCGUCGUAUGUAUAGUAACGACACGGAUACCGCCCCUGCAUCCACCUCCCCCUCCACCUCUAAACCAACACCCAGCGCAAAACCCCGUACUGCAAAAGAUAGCAGCAACGAGAAAGAUAAGGGCAAGCCUGCUACUCCCUUCCUUCCUCCCCGCUUCGCUACUUUACCUCCAGCCGAGCUCGAUGAUCUAGCGCAGAAAUUCGCAGAUAGUCUACCCGAGAAUUCGUUCUCGCCGGCGGAAAUCCAGGGAUACCUGCUUAUGCGGAAGACGGAUCCGAAGGGUGCGGUUGAGGAGGUUGCGGCGUGGAGGGAUGGCGUGUUGGAGGCGAGGAAAAAGGGGAGGAAGGUUAUUGAGUUGAAGUAA